AUGACGUUGUUUCCUGUAGUUUCUGUUACUGCUGCAGCGCCAUCAUUUGCUGAAGUACCAGAAGUUACGUCGUUGGUUGCUGCUGUACCCGAAAUUGCGUUAUCGUUCGCCGCUACUGAAGGCGUUUUGGUAACGGUGCUUCUUAAGGUUCUGUUAGUCGGUUCACCGUUUUUUUUCCAGUGGGGCACCUAUGGUCGAAAACAAAUAAAUGCAACAACUACCGCCUGCAUGCCCUUGAACGGGCAUCUGCUCACUGCAGCUUCGUCAAUCGCCAACGCCAACAUCAGCAUCUAUUCUCAUACCAAUGCAGUACUAGCAGCGACCAACAAUCGCCCUCCUGCUGCAGUUAUCGGUGUUCCUCCUGUUUCUACCGUGGCUGUCAGCGUCAAUGGCACUUCAUUGAAUACUUCAAGUGGCGGCAAUAACUAUACUAAUCCGCCUAUAUUCAACCACCCGCCCAUCAUUUCACCCACAUUCAUCGAACACAAGUACUCGGCCAAUACUUUCAAAGAGAAAUUUUUGGCAAACCUGCGUGCCAACCAUAGUAGCGCCCACAAAUCAAAUAAUAAUAUCAAUGGUAGUAGCAACAAUAAACAAUCGUCUGACAAUUGCAAUGCGACUACCAAUGACAGUAACAACAAUAAUGGCAACAAUGCCAAUGCGGUUGCUAAUGAAGCUGGUACCGAUAAUUUGAUGGGCAAUCACUCUAGCAGCGACUCAACAGCCAACGCUACUGUCGGUAUCGAUGACUUGUGUUCCAUACAACAGCAAUUAAGUGAAAACUAUAAUAAGAACACGAUUUAUCAGAAGACAAUAAAUUGA